AUGGCGGAAAAAAUUAAAAAGAAGCCAUCGUUUUUCAAUUUAAGAAGGUGGAAUAGCCAGAGGGGUAUUGAAGAAAGCCCCCCAACUCCAACUCCUCAACCAAAGACAAGUCCGCCUUCGUUCAAACAAGCGACAUUUCCCACAACUAGAUCUCUGAGUACAUCUUCAACCGAAUUAAAAUCAAGAAAACUUUCUGCCGGUGGCAUCAAGGACCUAGUGCAGUGUUCCUUAUGCCUUGAAGUCCUCUACAACCCUAAGAUGCUGCCGUGUCAACACACAUUUUGUUUUGCGUGUCUCAAAAGCUACGUAACAGAUUCGUCUGUUAUUUCUUGUCCCAUCUGUCGCACAAGGAUACACAUCCAGGGAACAAAUUUCAUAGAAGGUUUACCAUCAAAUCUCUAUAUAGACACUCUUUUAAGUAUGAUUGGUAUCGAUACCGGUUCGAAGGUAGAAGAAGCUCCAAUGACACCGAACACGCAAUCUGUUGAGCUAUUUGCCGGCGGUGUGAGAUGUUCCCACUGCAAAACUAUGUGCGAUAAUUCGGAUGUUACUGCUUGUGAACAUUGUAAACUGUCCUUUUGUCGAGUUUGUUGGUCGCAACAUUUGGAAGAUAUGCGUUCACAAUUAGGAUCAAUCCUAAAAGAAAUAAACUCUGCCGCAAGCCGCUUUGAACAUAAAACGGAACAUCACAAGGAUCGUUGCGAUCACAUUGUUGAACAAAUAAACAUAGCUGCAGAGGAAAAAAUAAAUGCUAUUCUCGAAGCUAAAAUGAGUUUGUUAAAAGAUGUUGCAGAGUUAAAACAUUCGGGUGAUAUGUCCGCUUUAGCUUUAAAAGUAUCAUUGGAUGAAGCUCGUGAAGUAGCAACUAAUGCUAUGGGUGAAAAUAAGAACAUAAGUGACCAUGAAAGGGUGAUGACUUUUAUAAAUCUGCAUCAAACUACGCUUCAACUUCUAUCAGAAGUUUCUAAAUGGGACGUCGAGCAGUUUGCCUUCGAUAAAGAGAAUUUUAAAAUCGAAUCAGAUACAACAACACCAUGUGACGCAGAAUCAGACGAGCCUGUGCCUGAUGUUGCCAAACCAAAUGAUCCCAUGGAAAGUGAAGGAAGCUUAAUACAUUGGUAUAGAUCUCGUAAUUUCGAUCCACAUUACAUGUGGCGGAAGACGUCUCGCCCUGCAGGCAUUGGUGUUAGCCCUUGGAAAAACCAUCUUUAUAUUUGUGGUAUGGACAGUCACAGCGUACUCGUUGUAGAGCGAACUCAAGCCAAAAUUGUUACCAGAUUAUCAUGUGACGACAUGCUUUGUCCAGUACAAAUUGCCUUUAUGAAAAGUAUAGGCGAGAUCUAUGUUACAGAUAAAUGGAAACAUUGUAUACACGUAUUUUCCAAAGAUGGUGAAUAUUUAAGAUCUAUAGGACAAAAAGGAAGCCGUGUCGGUAUGUUUCGUUCACCAGAAGGCAUUACCACGGACAAUGCAAAUAACUUGAUCUACGUAGCUGAUACUGGAAACGAUCGAGUUCAGGUAAUCGAUAUUGAAGGGAAAUUUGUUGACCAAUACGGAGUAUCUACAAAGCCACAAGCGAUACACACAUCCAGCUUAUGGGAAACGAAAGAGGUAGUCUGUACGGAAUUUAACGCACCCACCUCUGUCGCGAUCACAAACGAUCGAGUCAUCAUAUUAGACAGCGGAAAUCGACGAGUAAAAAUAUAUAACAAACAAGAUAAAAGUAAAAUAUUGGAAUUCGGUUCUUUGGGACAAAGAAAGGGACAAUUUCGGCAGCCAGAAGUAUUAGCAGUUGAUCCUAUGGGCUUUAUACUUGUAGGAGACUCCGGUAAUUGUAGAGUUCAAGUUUUUAAAUCAAACGGUCAAUUGGUACGAGUGUUUGGUAGACUUGGAACAGAGCCUGGAAAGUUUGGAUGGAUUUCUGGGUUACACGUCACUAAGCAGUUGGAUAUUAUCGUAAGCGACACAAAGAAUCAUUGCGUUAAUUUCUUCUGAUUUUAAUAUGUAUAUAAUAUAUUACUAGAAGUAUUUGGUAUCAUAUGUAAACAUAACAUCACUUAUAAAAUAAAUGAUUGUGUAUAAACUGAUAAUGUAAACAAAAA